AUGAAUUCAGGGGGUGUUUACAUAUUUAGUAGUGGGUGACAGUGAAGAUAUAAUAUUUUGUUAUUCCGAUUUAAUUAACAGCUAUUGUCGCAGCUGCAUCACUGUUAAUUAGACAACGAUUGAACAGUUAGCUCACGCGAGUGACAGCGGCGUAUAAAAAUAAAAUAAAAGGAAAUCAAGUCUGUUACCGUGAGUGCAGUCAUCAAGGAAAAAAAUGGUCUCAAUCGAAAGAGUUUCCGAACAAACUGGAUAUCUGAUGCUCACUGUGGAUGGAGCAGUUCUGACAUCUAGCGGCGAACUGGAAAAUGAUGAGAGAAUCGCCAAUAUCGUGACCAAUUUGAUCACUCUGACGGACAAACUGGAUCCCAAAGCUUUUUCAUCCCACGAAGGUUUUGACAACAUAUCAAUCGUUUACGAUGAUCACUGUUAUAUUAUUUGUUUGUCAAACAAAAAAGUUCACGUUGUCAAGAAAAAUUUAAUCAAAGACGACUCAAUCAUGUCCACCUCAAAUGAGCAGUUGAUCGACAUAUAAUUGUUCGUUUUGGAUUACUGGAAUUAUUUUAUGACUGUUGUGAUAUAUAUCUUUAAA